UAAUAAUUGGCUGCGAAUUUUGGAAUCGCUUGCAUAUUUUUUGAUAUUUCUCAAUUAAACACGAACAAUCUUGCUCCAAAAAUAUCGUAUGUAGCUGAAACGAGUGUUGCUUAAUCGAAACAGGUUUUAGGAUUUUACUUUGAUGUAGCGCGCAGCGGAGUCGAUCACAUGUGUUGUUCGGGAAAACAUUUGGAAAAAAGAGAAAAAGUAGAAGGAUGUCAGUGAAAAUACAGUUUGAAAUUGGGCAUCAGGCAAGUCUCAUACGGGAUCCCGUUGGACCAUUUACGCACAAUUGGGAGUUAUUUGUGCGUGGCGUCGAUGGAAAUGACAUUAGUUCGUACGUCGAUAAAGUGGUUUUCCACUUGCACGAGUCCUUUACGAAGCCAAAAAGAGUCAUUAAAGAACCACCGUACAUCGUCAAAGAGGCGGGAUAUGCAGCAUUUGAGAUGCCAAUUACCAUUUACUUCAAGGGGAAGACGGAGGAUCCAAAAAAGGCCGAAUUCAAGUACGAUUUGGAUCUGCAGCCAUACAAAGUGCAAAAGGAAGAAUAUGUUUUCCACAAUCCAAGUGAGGAUUUUCGACGGCGUUUGUUGAAGGGAGGCGCAAAGUCAUCCAGCAACAGUAGCGAUGCGAAAAAACACAAGCACAAGGACGAGCCAAAGGUGAAUAAUACGUUCAAGACACUUUUUGGCACGCCCAUCACGAAAACGUCGACAAAAGUGUCGCCAGACCCGAAAUCGCAGAUGCAGCAACAACAACAAAACAAAAUUUCACCAAAUAGCGUCAAGUCGAGUAAGAGCGACAAGUCGGAAAAGGUCUCCAGUUCCUCCAGUAGUAAUAAGGAAAAGUCCGAAAAGUCGGAAAGUAAGCACAAGAGCAAACAUCAUUCGCCGAGCAGGGAACGUACGGCGGAAAAUAAGGACUCGCGAAGCAGUAGGGACGACGGCACGAGUCGACACGAGAAGAAAAAGGACAAAAGUCAUUCGAAAAGUAGCAGUAAGUCAAAGACGAAAGACAAAGCACGCAGUCCGAGCCCCAAAAGACCGAAUAGCCCGCCGCCACAGAUCAAGAAGCCCCCCGAACCACCUGUUGCCGUACCGAAUGUCGACAAAAACUCGAGUUCCAGCAGCAAGAAGAGCAGUAAAAAGGACAAAAAGAGCUCCGAUCGCGACAAAAAAGAUGCCAAAAGUGGCAGUAACGACAAAAAAUCCGAACAUCCCAAGUCGAACAAGGAAAAGGAGAUGAAAGUUUCGAAUAACAGUACCAAAGAUGUACUUCAGGAGAAGCCAAAACACGAAAACAUGAAGAUAAUGGAGCAUUCGCCUGCGACACCCGUGAACAAUGAUGUCAAUAAGCGAUCCGAGAAGGGCAGCGGAGACAGCGAACGGAAACACAAACACAAAAAGAAGGAAAAAUCCAAAGAUCACGAUCGUGAAAAGGAUUUGUCGUCAUCUAAGGAGAAAAAAUCAUCCGCAAAAAAUGUCAAAGUGAAAGAUGACACGAGUCACGCUACGACGCCGUCUCCUGCGAAGCAACAAAAACGCCCCGACUCACGAAAAAUGCAACAGCAGCAACAACAAUCCCACAAUGAAAAUACUCUUCAGUCCUCGGCAGCGCAGAAAAUGUCACGUGCCCCCAUAAAUCACGAUACAAGUGACUCGGAUGCCGACAGCAAUGCCAACAGCUCGUCAAAAGCUGAUUCCGAUAACAGUCCGGAUCGUCGUUCCAUCAAACGAGAAGACAGUUCGCCAUCGCCUCCGCCAAUUAUCCCAACUCCUCCAGCGCCCGAGCGGCAAUCGAAACGCGACAAGCCCGUAAAAGAGGAGAAAAAACGCAAAAGACGCUCGAAAAACGACUCGUCGGAUCACAGUCCAUCGCCAUCUCUCAUGGAACCGCCGCAACAAAAAUCGCGCAAAGAUGUCGACAUGCUGAAAAAUGGCGAACCUUUUGGCACGACACCCAAUAAUUACGACACGAAAUUCGUUUCGCCGUCAGAUGAGCGUGCCACGAACGACUACAUGACGGAACUCAAGGACUUGCAACAUAAAAUCAUGACGUUGCAGGAUAAUAACUACUUGCAACAAGUGGUUGAGAUGAUCGCAGCAACGGGACAGUACGAGAUUACGAGUAAAACAUUCGAUUUUGAUUUGUGUGCCCUCGAACCGGGACUCAUAAAGCGAUUGCAGGAUUUCUUCGGGGCGACGUCGUGCUCGUGACGCGACAUGAUGAUGAUGAUGAGCGAUAACGAGGAAGAUGAUUAGAAUUUUAUGAGAUCUUUAUUAGUUGAAUUCGUUUAUUUUGUAGAAAUUUUUAAGUUUUUUUUUCGCAUAAUUAGAGAUUUAAAAGGAGAUUUGUAAAUAUUUUUUUUUUGAGAUAAGUUUUUCAAACAUUUAUUUAUAAUUCUAUUUAAAACACGAAAAAAAACGGAGAUGAACAAAUUUCCAUUAAAAAUUUGUAUCAAGUGCAAAAAUAGUGUUCCUUCAACAAUCAACUAUUCGACGAAAAUUUUACGUAAAAAUCGUAUAAACACAAAGAUAGACUUUUAAGACUAAAACAGGAAUAAUUUUUUUGAAGGGAAUA